GUGGUCGGGGAUAUUCACGGAUGUUGCGACGAACUUGAAGAGAUUGUUACAGAAGCUAGAAAAGAACAUAAAGAUACUUUAUUUGUGUUUGUCGGAGAUUUGGUGAAUAAGGGACCGAAAAAUUCAGAAGUUUUGGACUUUUUGGAAAGUUUGGGCGAGCAUUACGCAGUGAGGGGAAACCAUGAUGAAGUCAUUUUAAAAGAACUGCACAAAUUUAACACGCAACCAGAUUACAAAUUUCUUCCCAAAAAUGAAUGGAUGAAAAAGUUGACUCGCAUACAAGUGGAAUAUUUGCAGCAACUACCGUACACUAUUCAGAUUCCAAGUUUGAAUUCCAUAAUCGUCCACGCAGGACUGAUUCCUGGAAAACCCUUGGAACUCACAGACUUCAAUACUUUCACCAACAUGAGGAACAUCAUAAUUGAGGAUUAUUUUAACGGAAGGGGUUUAGUAGCGUCUAAUAGCCAUGCUGUGGGUGAGCCCUGGACUUCCUUGUGGUCCGGUCCAGAGCACGUGUAUUUCGGACACGAUGCAAAACGCAAGCUUCAAUUACUACCGCUUGCGACAGGAUUAGAUACCGGAUGCUUGUACGGUGGUGCGUUAACGGGUGUAUUUAUUAACGGC